AUGUCACGAUCUGGAAGACAAGUUGUUCCUGAACCUAUCGUCGUUGAAGAUGAGGAGGUUGAUAGCUUCAUCGACCAGGGUGACAAUGAUAACUCUAACAAUUCGGAUAGACAGCUAACCAUUGACGAAGACGAAGCAAUUGACGAAACGAACAUCAUGGACGAUCGGACUCGUCGCGCACAGCCUCAAUCUUCGACUCGAUACAACGAACCAGACGAGAAUGAUCUUCCUACCGAGACUGAUUGA